UGCGCCUGCGUCGCCCCCCCCCCCAUCCAGAGGAAGCGCGGCUGCGCAACAAGUGAAACUACGGAUUGAGGCGUAGCCUGGCGGCGGCGGCGAAAAAACCCACGAGGCCGCUCUGCGCCUGCGCGGCCGGGUCACCUCGCUGGCUGCUCCCAGGCGCCCGGCUCGCCGCCAUCUUGAAGCGGGGCUUCAUUGUUCGCGCUGGGCCGGGCGUUGAAGUGUAAUUGCCGCCGACGGAGAAGGCGGAGUAACCUCCGGUCAGCCGCGAAAUCCCGCUAUUCCUCAGCCAUAGCCGCUCACACGAUUUGGGAGGUAGUGAAAGGAAGGGAGCUGGACCCAGAGGCGCCGCCGCAACCGCAGCAGCCAUGGAGGACGAGAUGCCCAAGACUCUAUACGUCGGUAACCUUUCCAGAGAUGUGACAGAAGCGCUAAUUCUCCAGCUCUUUAGUCAGAUUGGACCAUGUAAAAACUGCAAAAUGAUUAUGGAUGUAAGGACAGCUGGAAAUGAUCCAUACUGUUUUGUGGAGUUUCAUGAACAUCGCCAUGCAGCCGCAGCACUUGCUGCUAUGAAUGGGCGGAAGAUAAUGGGUAAGGAAGUCAAAGUGAAUUGGGCAACAACCCCCAGCAGUCAAAAGAAAGAUACAAGCAGUAGUACCGUUGUCAGCACACAGCGUUCACAAGUCUUAGUUCACUUGCACAUGGAUUCACAUAAACUGAAUGGUGUAAUGUCUGGGCAACCAAAACUGUUGGCUUUUGAGAAAACUGUCAAAAUACUUUAACAUCAAACUGUUGCAAUGCAAGAUCAUUUCCAUGUCUUUGUUGGUGAUCUCAGUCCAGAAAUUACGACUGAAGAUAUAAAAGCAGCUUUUGCUCCAUUUGGAAGAAUAUCAGAUGCUCGAGUGGUAAAAGAUAUGGCAACUGGAAAGUCUAAGGGAUAUGGCUUUGUCUCCUUUUUCAACAAAUGGGAUGCUGAAAACGCCAUUCAACAGAUGGGUGGCCAGUGGCUUGGUGGAAGACAAAUCAGAACUAACUGGGCAACCCGAAAGCCUCCAGCUCCAAAGAGUACAUAUGAGUCAAACACUAAACAAUUGUCAUAUGAUGAAGUUGUGAGUCAGUCUAGUCCAAGCAACUGUACUGUGUACUGUGGAGGUGUUACUUCUGGGCUAACAGAACAGCUAAUGCGUCAGACUUUUUCGCCAUUUGGACAAAUAAUGGAAAUUCGAGUCUUUCCAGAUAAAGGAUACUCAUUUGUUCGGUUCAAUUCCCAUGAAAGUGCAGCACAUGCAAUUGUUUCUGUUAAUGGUACUACUAUUGAAGGUCAUGUUGUGAAGUGCUAUUGGGGCAAAGAAACUCUUGAUAUGAUAAAUCCUGUGCAACAGCAGAAUCAAAUUGGAUAUCCACAACCUUAUGGCCAAUGGGGCCAGUGGUAUGGAAAUGCACAACAGAUUGGCCAGUAUAUGCCUAAUGGUUGGCAGGUACCUGCAUAUGGAAUGUAUGGGCAAGCGUGGAACCAGCAGGGAUUUAAUCAGACGCAGUCUUCUGCACCUUGGAUGGGACCGAAUUACGGAGUACAGCCGCCUCAGGGCCAGAAUGGCAGCAUGCUGCCUAACCAGCCUGCGGGGUACCGAGUGGCAGGGUAUGAAACCCAGUGAGCAAGGACUACAGACUCUAAAGCCAGUGGCUUGAGGCUACAAGGAGUGUAGUGAAGCCGAUGUUUACUUAAAGAUUUAUCAAAUCAGUCAGUGCAAAUAUCAGAUACAAUGUAUUUAUUUAAAAGAUUCAUUUUUUAAUCAUGAAAUUACUUAUCAUCCACAUUGUUUUAAAAAGAAACAAGAUGCUGGAUGUCUGCCAAUUUUUGCCUUCAUUACCUGUUUUGAUAAAGUUUCUCAGAUCCUUGUUUCAAAUACAAAUGCAGGGAUUGCUGCCACUUUUUUAAAAGUAAGAGGCAGAAAAUUGCACAAUGUUGAACUUUUUUCCACUAAAGUAGUAUGCAGUUCUAGUUUGCAUUCCUGAUAUGAUUUAAAACAUGUAAUAUAAAGAUGUAAAAAAAAAAAAAGAAGAAAAACCAAAACUGUGCAAAGUCUAGAAGUUCUUUGUAAUCUUCAGCUUCUGCACAAUUCUGUUUUAGGUUUUAAAAAGUGCAUUGUUUGAAAAGUCCCAUCUCCAUUGUUAUCUGUUUAGGGUUUUUAAAUAUAAAUUAUUAGUUUACAUCAUUUUUGUAUUUACAUUUUUCAGAAAUUUGUCUUGCCUCAUUGAAGUUCUGUAAAAUACACUUACAUGAAAAAAAUGAUGUUCACUUAGAUUGAAAACUUUUCUCAGAUGGAUUGAUAAUUGCGUUCAUUUUGUGUUUUAUAUGAGAAGGUGCCUCAAGAAUUCCGUGUUGGAUUUGUUUAAAAGGAUUUUUAUCUUCUGUGAUAAACUUUGCUGUAUACCAGGAACUGUAAAAACAAACCUUGUUACUAAAGAAAAUUUCUGAAAUGUGAUAAGUUCUUGCCAUUUUACUUUCAUGUGUCAACUUCUACAUUUACAUGUAUUAUUUCAUUAUGUAAAAUGUUUUAGCAAUUUAAUUAUUUGCACAGUUAGUGAAUUUUGUAUGUCAUUUCCUUCUUAAAGGCAUCAUGGAGGCCUGACAUGAAAUUUCUAAGUUUUAAGUUGAUCGCAUGUGAAUAUCAAAUACACACUUUGGUAGUUUUUGAGUAUAAAGUCAUCUGCUCUUGUUUUUCAAGAAUUUCAAAACACAAAGUUGUAUGUAGAGGAAUAUUAAUUUUCCAUUUUCUAGUUAGAUUUACUUCAGAGGAGUAAAUCAAGUGAAUUUUAAUGUGUACAAAUAAGUGGUAGCUGUGAAAUUGUAGACUAUCCUUAUGUCAGGCUUGGGGUUCAUUGUAAACUCCAAAAUUACCCUAACUGACCAGCCAGGCAAAGCGUUUUUUUAAAUGUUCAGAGGCCAAAAGAUAAACAAGAAAACCUUUAAAAUCCUACCUCCGUAAAACAGCCUUCAAAGAAAAAAAAAAUCCUCAUUGCAAUCAUCAUUUUGAUUCUUGUGGUACCUGUUUUCUUGGAGUUUCCAAUUUGGGAGAGGGCCUCCAAGUAUUAAGAGUCUUACUCUUUGAUGGCAUUGUUCUAGCUUUCAGAUGUCUAGUAUAUUUCAGAGUCUCUUAGAAUAGUUAUGGGAGACUUGGUUUGGUUUUAUUUUCAGUGCAAGUCAGAAACCAUCUUCUUCCUUGAGUUACAGAGGCAAAGGGUCUGUAGAGUAUGUAUUUGAGUGUUUGAUGGUUUUUAAGACCUUUAGAGCGCUCCCAGCAUUUUACUUAACAACAACUAAGGCUUGUGAAAUCUUAAGAGCUUCCUGGCCUGUAUCUUCCAAGUAGAAGCAAAGGACUCUAAGCUGGUCUCUAAGCCAAUACCUUUGAAACCAGAGCCCAAAAAAGCCAGCUUUAAGUGUAUCAUUUUCUGGAACUCAGUUCUAUGCAGUUGUACUGAUGUUUCAUUAAGUCACUGUGUAUUUUUAUGUGUUGGUACAGUCAAAGUUGCUUUAUGGAAGAUGAGUAAAAUUUUGGAAUAUGUGGAAAUUUUUAUUUCCUUAUUAAACAAAUCAGGGCAUGCAACCAAGAGCAGCUUAAAUGAAAUACUCAAAAAUAAAUAAAAAUCAGGAAGCUAUUUUUAGGUUCUUCUGACUUAUGUUUCUAUUUUAGGACCCUCAUUUUUCUCUUACUAAAAAAAAGUUUUUAUUUACUAUGUAUCUCAUAGACUGUGGGGUGAGUUGUUGAGGAAAUUAAUCUGAAUAGAAGUACAGUUUUCUCUUCAUUUUCACUAUCUCAAGUAAUAACAGUUUUUAUUAGCCAGUAUAUUUUUUUACUUUGUAAAUCUUAAACUGUACAUUGACUACUUUUUGAGAAGUGGUACCAGUAUUCAUGAUGAAAAGGUUACUACUGAAUAGUUGCACAUUUCGGAAACAUUGCUAACUUUGAUUUAAAUCUUCGUAUUAAGUCAUUUAGAGACUUUUUUUAGCCCCAAAAAUUUUACUGGUAUUAGUAUCAGGUAAGGAGUUUAAAAUUCUUAAAGUAAUUUCAUUCUUUGCAAUAUGCAUUCAGAUUCUACUUUUUGGUACUGUAAAGAACCUGAAGUGAUUCACUCUUAAUGGGUCAUUAAUCCAGAAUUCUUUACCCUGUUUGGAUAUUAAAGUUCCUUUAUGUUUUCUAUAACCUGUGGGAUCUUCUUGCAGUGAUUAUUGUGUGAGAGAAUUUUGUUCAUUUUGGUAUAGCCAUAUUGUUAUUUAUAUACUUUAAAUCUUAUUCUGAAAAUUGUAAUUUGCAUUGAGUUACUGCUUAAUACCAAAAAAAUUUGCAUUCUUCACACUUAGUUAUGGAACUAGUCUCAUUUUCCUUAUUAAUAUCAUCUGUUUAUUGAAAAUGAGAUUCCUAUUUUAGUUUUUAUUCUCCUGUUUAUUCCUGUGUUUGCUCAUCUUCCUUCUGUAUGUGCAUUAUACUUCUGUUCCACUUUAUAAAGCGGUUGAAAAGGAUGAGAAAUGGAAAAGGAUGAGAAUGCAUUUAGAAAGUAGUUAAGAAUUACUCAGUACUGUAAGGUACUCCUGAGGUUAUAGUUGAAUUAGAAAAGCAAAAUGUGUUUAUAAGAACUUUAAAAGCAAACUUUUUAAAUGAAGAGAGUGAUGAUUUCUAGAAGCAAAUACAGUGGUGCCUUGGUUCACAACUUUAAUUCUUUCUGCAGUUCUCAGAACAGAAUUUGUUCCACAAUUCUGGUUGUACCGUUUGCAAGCAUAUCCACUGUAUUCCUUCGUGAAGGGCAGUGUUCUUACUGCAUUUUAUUCCAAUCCCUGUUGUAUUUAGAGUUUGAAGAAUAUAGCUCUAAAACUGUGAAUUUUAAUUUAAGAGCCUUAAUUAAAAUGAGUGUGUCACCUGGCAUGGUGGUGCACACCUGUAAUCCCAGCACUCAGGAGGCUCAGGCAGGAGGAUCGUCACAAGUUGGAGGCCAGCCUAAACUACAAAUCAAGACCCUGUCUCAAAAAAAAAAAAAAAAAAGGAGUAUGUCUCAAUUGAAUCCACCCCCUUUUGAAACUUCAUUUAUGUGAGAGGUUAAUCAAACAUGAAACCUACAAGUAUUUUUAUAGUAGAAUACCUUCAGCAUCCCCAUCAUUACAGAUUUCUGCUCUACUUGGUUGUCUGCGGCACUGAGAUUUUUGCCAAAAUUAAGCAAUGUUUAUGACCUCUAAAGUUGGCAGUUGAAGUUACUCUUACAGUAAUCCAACUAUAAAAGGAAGCAGUAGACUACUAAGGUAGUCUAGAAAAUACAGACAGAAUGUGUUUACUACAUAAAUGAGUUUGCUGGCUCAUUUUGUUCAGCUCUAAAAUACCAACAGCGGGAUGUAUACCCCACAAACAAAAUGUUGGAGAAACUUUCUGUAGGAAAACUGAAUGAUUCCCGAGAGAGAAGAUGGGUCUUCGCAAAAAAAAAAAAAAAAAAAGUUUGGCCACAUCUGACUGUCCCUGUAAUGUCAGUCCUUGAAAGACUGAAGUGGUGAGGCUGAGGGGGAUGGCCAGGAGUUCAAGGCCAGCCUGAGCUACACACUGAGUCGAAGACAGCCUGAACUACAUAGACCCUGUUUCAAAUAAACCACAACUGGCUACCAAUUGCCCUAUACUUAAAGUGUGUCAGUAAGCUCUACCCGAGUAUACAAGUCUUCCCAACACAUUUAUAGUGCUUUUAAAGAGACAACAAAAUACCACUCGGAAACAGGAAAAAUGAUUUUUAGCUCUAUACAAAAAGCAGCUCUCAAAAAUCAGGACAUUUCAAAGGACUAUAAUAACCUCAGAUAACUAUUCUAGAAAUUAGAGCUGGAUAGUAAUAAAACAAUAGAAAAUGGGUAAGUCAGUGAUAAAAGACAAGGAAAUAUCUUAGAAGUGAAAAGAAGAAUAAAGUUAGAUUGAUUCAGGAAACUUAAUACACAACAAUCCAGAUUCUCAGAAGAGAAUUUUGUUUGUGGUACUAGGGCUUGAACUCAGGGCCUUCACACUGAGCAAUAAUCUCCGGACUUCUUUAAAAAAAUUUUUGCUUGGAGACAGGACUCUCUGAGGUGCUAAAUUGCCUGGCCUUGAACUUUUGAUCCUCUCUGGCCAUGGGCUCACAGAGUGCUAGCAUUACAGGUGUGUAGUAAUCGUGCGUAGCCAGGAGAACUUGAGAAAAUGAGGGUGUGGGUGGAACUUAUUUAAAAAUAAAAUGUACCUGGUAAAGAAUUUCAAGAUAAUUAAAAGGUUAUUAUUGACUUAUGACAGUGAAGAAUCAUAUCACCAUGAAAUUUUACAAUGCCAGAAACAGAUGCUUCUAAAAAUUGCCAAAUGUCAAAAGGACAGAUAAUACUAGCUUUAGCUUCUCAUCAGCAGUGUUGACAAUUAGGAAUCUGUGGGGUGCUGCCUUCAAAGGUUUGUAUGAAUUAUAUCCAAUUAAUUAUACUGUCAUAGGAGACAACGGAAUAAAGCUCUUGAAUAUAUGCGAGUUCUCUGAUCUUUUCAUGUAUUGAUUUUUAGAAAGUGACUGGACACACUCGUUACAUUGGCAACACAGCU